CUGAGUCUAUAGAUCAAACUGGGGAGAAUAGGAGCUCAUGGGAAGCCGUCAUAAACAAGCUUCCGAGGAACGGAGCAGCCCCAGGACCGCAGCAUCCACAGUACCGCGCACAGUAGUCCUUCAGCAAGAUGCUUGCUGCCAGCACAAGAACCAGGCAGAUAAAUAUCACCUGUGACAACCCAGUGGACCGGGAGGUCUUCCUCCAUUACUCCCUCAUCCCAUCGCUCUGCAUCAUUUUGGUCUUGUCUUUCCUCCAAAGACGAGAGCAUCGAAGACAAAGAGAUGACACCUCUUACCUCCUGGGGAACCACUUUGGAAUCAUCGUGCCUCUGGACUUCGUGGGGACUUUUAGUAACCGAUGGUCGUAUGGAGCUGCCUUUGGGGCCACAGCCAAUAAGGUCAUGUUCUUGUUCUCAGAAGGCUACCAGCCCCUGACGGUUCCACAGUGGGCCCAAGCCUUUGUGCUUUUCAUCGGAGGCAUGGAGGUCGGCCUCUCCUACUUCCCCUUCUUUGCCUGCCUGUCCUCAGAGUUCCAGCUGGUCAGCUCCAUCCUGGGCUUCGGCUACUCCCUGACCUGGUUUGUGGUUACUGUUCUUCAGAUCUCACAGUGUCCCCAUGGGCAGUUUCUGGGGAGGUUCGAGACCCUCAUUUUCUACUGGCCCUCACUGUUGUGCCUGGGUUUCCUGCUGGGUCGUUUCCUGCACAUGUUCUUUAAGGCUCUGCCUGUCCACCUGGGCCUGGAGCCACAGAUAGAAGAAAAGUCGAUGCUGGAAGCCCACCAGGCAAAGCACGUGAAGCAGCUCUUGAGCAAGCCCCGCCCACAAGAAGGCGAAAAGUCUUGGUUUCAAACCAGGGUGUAUGAGUGGGACCCCUGCUUCCAGUUUCCCAGCAGGAUGGUCGGGACCCUGCUGCUGGCGUUCAUCUGCCUCUACCUUUUCAUCGUCAUUGAGUUUUGUGUGUUUCUACAUGUGAGAGACAAGCUGGACAUGUUUGAAGACAAGCUGGAGAGCUACCUCAUCCACAUGAAUGAGACAGGGACCUUGACCCCAAUCAUCCUACAGGUGAAAGAACUGAUCAGUGUCACUAAAGGAGUCUGGGUGGUGACCAUUUUGCCUGCCGCCCUCACAUGUGUCACCUAUCUCUUCCACAUUUUGGCCUGUUACAGAAAGCAUAUGAAGAGGCUAUGGGCUGGAGACAAACACUUCCUCCCUCAGAAGUUCCACAGUCCCUCUUCAGCAGCAAGUGUGGUGGCCAUUGCAAGGUACUCUGGCUGGCAGAUAGCCUACAUCCUCUGGGGCUACCUCAUCAUCCAUGUGGUUCAGAGCCUCUGUGGGGUGAUGCUCAUGUAUGGCCUGGUGCUGCCCAUCAUCCACCACCGAGGCCUGGAGAUGCUGCAAGGAUUUGGCCUUGGGGUCCUCACCCUAUCCAUAGUCGUGGGCCUUAUAAUCCUACAAGUGUGGAUUGCUGGCACGUUCUUCCUGCAGCCAAAGCUGGGCACAUCCGACAAGCAGAAGCCCCUGGCUCUCAACAACAGGAGAGCCUUCCACAACUUCAACUACUUCCUGUUUUUCUACAACGUGCUGCUGGGCCUGGGGGCCUGCCUCUCCAGGCUGCUCAUCAGCUGCCUCCUGGGCACUUGGCUGAUCGCACGCAUCGACAGGACCAUCAUGCAGAGUGGCUAUGAGGGUGCAGACAUGGGCUUUGGUGCAUGGAUUGGUAUGCUCUUUGUGGAUCACUACCACACCAACCCUGUGUUGGUCAGCUUUUGCCACAUUCUGAUCACAAGCCACAAGGACAGGGAGCUGCAGAAGACUGUGAAAUACUGGUGCCUGAACCAGUCAGCAGGAAUCCUGAUCCAGUGCCUCUUGCCACAACUUCGUAUUGUUGGUCCCCGCUUCUCGGCCAGAGCCAGAACGAGGUGGUUCCUGCUGCAGACGCUGAUCAACAAUCCCAGGCUUGUCAUGCUCAGAAAAUCAAAAUCAGGUCAUAGUUCGGGUGACUUCACACAGAUUCUGCUGACCUGCUCAGACUGCUGAUUGGGCCACCAACUUCUGCUCCAAGGCCAGGCCAUCCCCUCUCACAAGGACCUCAGCUUACCUAGCAGCCAUUCCCUACAAUGGCACAGGACGACAUGGGCACUGUUCCUGCACAUGAUAGACAGCACUGACCACUUGUUGGGUGGCCAUAUAGACCAAUGGUUUAAGCCUAGAAUGAUCUCAAUCCCUUGGCACAAAAGAAAAACAAUAUAAAAAGCAAUGUCUGUGGAGCAAAUUUUGCCCAUCAGUGACCUCCACUAUUUGUGGGAAGGCCUUCAUGGGGUCACCUAUUAAGAAACAUGAAAUAGAGGCUGGAUAAAUGAGACGGCUCAGCGGCUGAAUGCAUUAGAUUUCACUUGCAGAGGACUCAAGUUUGGUUCCCAGCCUCUACACUGGGCAGCUCACAAGUGUCUGUAACUCUAGGGAUCUGACCUGUUUCCGGCCUAUUCAGGCACCUGCACAAAUGUGGCAGACACAUAUACACAUAAGUAAAAAUAAUUUUUAAAAAAUGAAUCUUUAAAGUAAUUUUUACAAAGAAGUAUGAAGUGAACUUUCUGCCCUAUGACCUACUGGGAAUGGAAUCAGAGAUGAUCUAGGACUUCCUCCUAAAGAUAGUCUGAGUCUAUCUGUGGCAUCACCUACAAAAGCCAAGCAGAGGUGGAAUGGGCCUGCAUUCCAGGUGGAGUGCAGCAACACUGAUACUGGGUGAGCAGGAGACCCCAGGCAUGUUGAUGAUGGUGUUCAUGCAGCAUGUUGGAUACAAUGCUGAAAGAAGAUGAAGCUUGCUCAAGAGAAACAAGUGUCAAGCUGGGAGGUGUGGACAUUGUCCUUAUGUAAAGCCCAGUACUACCCGAAUUUUCAUACUCAAAAUGGCCAAGACAGAUACAGUCUGACCGUUGAAAGCUUCUCCUGAGCCUGAGCAAGUGCCGUGAGGACCCAAAGUCUCCGCGUGCUGGCACCUGGUUGCUGUGUACACUUGGUCCUGUUGGCGCAUGCGUCAGGGUUGUCUCUUUUAGCUGAAUCUUUACAACAGCCCUUUGACAAUUUGUUUUGAGAAGCUGAGAAAAUGAAGAGCCACCUCCCCCUCCCCCCCACAACACACAUCACUGUGUGUUGUGUGUUUCCAGCUCUGUGGUCAAAUAACUUUUUCUUUCUCUAUUCACAGAUAUUUAUAUCUGCAAAAGGGGGCCAACAUCCCAACUCCAUGUAUCAUCUUGAGAAUAAAAUUAUUAAAAGCACACAGACACUUUUAAGCUUGUGCCUGACACUCUAAACACUCAAAAGCAGACUCAGUUUUGAUUGUCUCUAUGGUUUGAGUGUAAACAAUGUCUCCCACACAUUCAGGUACCUGUUAAGACCUUGGUCCCUAGGAUGGCACCAUGCAGAGGGGUGGCACCUUUGGGGGUGGUGCCUAGUAGGAGGUCCUUAAGUCACUGGAGGCAUGUCCUUGAAGGAGAUCAUGGGACUCUGGUCUUUCUGUUUCUUGGCUGAUAGGAUGACUAUUUUUGCUUACUAGACAUCCCUACCCCACUUGACAUGAUGCCUCAUUAGAAGCCAAAAUCAAUGGGACAUUCAUUCUUAGACUGUGGCCUCCAAAACCAUGAACUCAAAUAAAUUUUUGCUCUCCAUACA